AUGGGACAAUCUUUAUGUAUUGAAGCUUGGGAGGCAAUGGCUGGGUCUUCUCAAAACGAUGGUGUAGAAAGUAUCGACUUCGAUAGCCCAAAGGAACAAAAGAAGGCUCUCUCAGUCAAGGCAAGCGAAGACGGCACUGAAAACGAUGGCAACAGUUCGGAAAAUUCCCCCACCAAAGCAGAGGAAAUGGCUGAGGAAACGACAAAACCAGAGGAACCAGAGCAAGCCAAACAGGACAAAUCACAAAGGUCUGAACCGUUUCCACCAAGAAGCAAAAACGGCAACGCAGAAAAUGCUGAUGCUUCAAAAUCAGCCUAUGCGAACGAUGCUACACCUGAAACUGAUGAAACUGUGGAGUCAUCAACGGCUGCCAUUGAAACUAGAGCGACAGCUGAAACAGCUGCCACUCCCGCCACUUCAGCCGAAACGACAGAGUCAGAUACAAAACCAAUCGAUCCUGUCGUGUAUGACGAAGAAAAGGAUCCCGUCAGAGACACACCGAGCACUAUUGGAGAAGAGGAUCUUCCUCCUCCUAUUCCUAAACAAGAGCCCUUGGUGCCGGUGGUCGAAGAAGAUACGGUGGCGUCGGCUGGAGACACUGCCUCGACAUCUUCCCCUACCAAUAGCAACGGAAGGCCUUCACCUUCUUCUUUGCGGAGGGAACAGAGCGUUGCCUCAGAAACUCCUUCGACUGAGAAGCAUCACCGCCCUAGAGAGAACAGCAUUACCCUCCAAUAUGCGACACGAGACAGUGAGGGAGUAGGACAUAACCGAUCACGAUCAGAGGGAAUUUUGACGUUUGAAGAUGCCACUCGUCUUCAAGCAAGCUGGAGCAACGCUGAUCCAGAAGAGUUUUCUCCGUUUUCUCAUGCCAAGUUUGGCCAUCACUCUUCUACCUUUCUGGACGAACCCUCACGAACCUCGAUCAGCAUGAUACGGGUCAGUGCCGUGGAAGAUCCUUCCAUGCCAGAAUCUAAUGUAUCAUCCGUCAUUCAUGAUGCUGCAAGAAUUACCAAUUGGGGGACUGUCAAGUCGUUGUGCGAAACGGAUCCCGAAGCGGCCAGUUUUGUGGGAAGGGAUCGGUGGACGGCAUUGCACCACGCUUGCAAUCGUCGUUGUCCCUAUGCAGAUGUAGUGGAAGCUUUGAUCACAGCAUAUCCAGAUGCAUUAUUACAAGAAGAAGAUAAAGGAUGGUUGCCUUUGCACUAUGCAUGCAGAUUUAAGGCUCCCAAGGAGGUUGUAAGGUUGCUCAUACACCAAUUUCCAGAAAAGGGUAGAAUGGCGGUCAAGUGUUUGGAGCGUCAGGGCCGCACACCGCUAUAUUAUGCGGUCCGAUACGAUGCACCACCAGGAGUUGUGGGGCUGCUGUUGGAGGUGGACGCAUCGGCAGUGUUGGAGGAGGAUCAGAAUGCUGAUUCUCCUCUUGCAUUGGUCUGGGAUGCCUGGGCCGAAAAAAUGGAUGGCAAGCGCACAUUGCAGCGAAUCUAUAUUCCAGAAAGUGAAGCGGAAACUAUGGCGCUCGAAGACCAAGCAGCACAGGUGGAAAAGAGACUAAAGUCUCAAAAGAAAUUGUAUGGUCGUUGGAACAAGGUAAACAUCUUUUUGAAGGCAGCUUUUGGUUUCUCGGUGGAGGAUGACGACGAAGCGGGCGCCUCCAAUAUCGACGGCGACUCGAAGAUAAAGGCGGGAGGAAAGAAAGAUGCCAACAAUGGCCGCAAGUGGAGAAUACUGCACGCUACGGCUGCCAUCAAGUGUCAUCCAUCUCUAUUUAUGCUUGCUAGGUCGUUGCACCCAGAACAAUGCUUUGAGAUUGACGAUAAGGACUUGAAAGGUCCAGUACAUAUCAGUGGAGACGAGACUGCUGCGCAUGGUCUCACAGCACUUCAUUUGGCCGCUUCCUCCCAUGCAAAUGGGGAAUCGAGCCGCCUCGUGAUUACUGAAUUACUGAGGAUGAAUCCAGCUGCGGCAGAAGAAGUCGAUUCCAGCAACAGUCUACCUUUCCACCGAGUUGUAGAAAACAAAUACAAACCGCACUGGUCAGAGGACGGUGCAAAGGAUAUAUAUUUGGCGAAUACAGCCGCAAUCAGCGCAACCGACAGAGACGGGAAACUGCCGCUACACCGUGCAGCGUCAGCCAUUACCUACAGUGAAAGUUCCUCGACUGCGACCAAAGCACGAUCUGCAAUAUGCAAUUUACUUGAGCUAAGGCCAGAGGCGGCAGAACAUUCCGACAGCUUUGGAUGUCUUCCUUUGCAUCUGGUGGCACAGUCCGGAAGUCAGUGGGACUACCAAGUGCAAUCGCUAUACGACGCCAAUCCAGCGGCAGCCCAAGUUCGCAGUGGUGUGAAGAUGUUGAAUCGAUUGCCCCUGCACAUGGCUGCAUCGAAUCCGUCAAGCGAAUUUUCAAUGAUUGACACGCUGGUACAAAUGAACCCGCGAGGUGCCACCCAAGCUGACCGAAAGGGCAACUAUCCCCUGCAUUUGGCUUGUGCGGCUGGAUUAUCGUGGGAAUCCAUCAAUUCGAUUCACAAAGCCUAUCCCGAAGCCAUUCAAGAGGCCGAAGGGAAUGAUCGGGGCUGGACGGCACUUCAAAUCGCUGCCUCCAAUUCCCAAAUCAACGUGGACGUUAUUUCCAAUCUCAGUGAAAUCUACCCACUAGGGGCCGGAGUUGCAGACAAUGACGGUCGAUACGCAUUCCACUUAUCUUGCUUCGCGGGUCGUAAAUGGGAGGAAGGACUAUCAGCAUUAUUUCAAGCAUAUCCUGAUGCUCUUGGCACGCCUGAUCGUAAGGGACUAUUACCCUUUCAUAUUGUAUCCUUUCGAUACAGCGCCUCCCCGGAAGAAGCUAUUCCUGAAGUUCAAGAUCCGUCUCAGAAUGAACGGGGUUUUAGUAAAUCGGCUUCGAUUGGGCUUGAUGCGGAACAAUAUGCAAUGAAGGAAUUGGAGGAUGCCAAAAGAAUUGAAAACUUGUUUCAUCUCUUGAAAGCAGACCCAACCGUCCUUUCGACACAGUAG